AGCGGGGCGGGGCAGAGCGGAGCGAGGACCCAGCGGGUCGGCUGAGGUCGCGCCAGCGCCCCAUUACUGACCCGCGCCCCAUUACGGACCCGUGCGCUAGCUCUCCGGGUUUAGCGCCAGCACACCCCACCCAGCACAGCUGAGGACCGACUCCGGGGAAAUCGACGCCCGGGGGCUGCUCGCUAGGCUGGCUGACCCGGGCUCGCGGGUCCUCGGGGGCGCGCGCGCCUGGACGCCGCCGCGGACGAUGCUGCUGCUCCUGCAGCUGUGGCGUCUAAUGCUGGAGAGCGCGGCAGUUUUAAUUCUUCUGACAUUGCUACCCGAGCCUGACCUCAUCCUGGAUUUCCCCACCGCUGCCCUGGGGCCUCGCCCUCCUGCCACACAGAUGUUGGAACGCUUAUCAGCACAGAAGGGGAACCCCUGGGGGUUGCCUGUGGUGGCCGAUGGCCCAGCUUCCUUAGCGAAGAUGGUGAUGGCAGAACUAGCCAACCUGAAGUUAGAAAACAAACCAUGGCCUGGAGGGACACACUCUCUCCACUACCACUACCUGGCCUUGUCAGAGCCAGGCCCGGACCUUCCCCAGUUUCUGGCUGUAGGCUACGUGGACGACCAGCCCUUCAUCCAUUAUGACAGUCGUGUGGACAGGGCCAAGCCCCAGGCCCCGUGGAUGGCAACUGUGGAUGCCCAGUACUGGGAGACAGAGACUCAGAAGCAGAGGGCCUGGGCAAAGGUGCAGCAGGUGGAGACAUGGACCGUGAUGGGCUACCACAACCAGAGCACUGGCAUGCACAGUACCCAGCGGAUGUUCGGCUGUGAGAUCCGGGAGGACGGCCACACCCACAGCUUCUGGCAGUUCGGCUUCGAUGGGCAGGACCACCUGUCACUGGACCUGGAGACUCUGAACUGGGUGUCGGCCAAACCUGCAGCCAUGCGGACCAAGAGCUGGUGGGAGACAGAGCGCUGCUACGCUGAGUACGACAAGGCCUACCUGGAAGGCCUCUGCCUUGUUUCCCUGCGCAGGUACCUGGAGCUGGGUGGCCAGAGCCUCACCCGGAAAGAAAUCUCCACAGACACAGAACCAAACAGGAUGUGGAGAGAGAGAGUUAAGGAAUCGGCUCACAUGACCAUGGAGGACCGGGAGUUCCGAGAUCUGCAGCUGGCAAGCCAGAGACCCAGGAGAGCCAGUGUUUCAGUUUCAGUCCAUAGACAGGAAAAGACUGAUGUCCCAGCUGCAGGAGAUCAGGCAGGAGAGCCGCCCACGGUGCAGGUGACAAGACACACAGCUCAGGAUGGCGGCAUCACGCUGAAAUGCUGGGCCCGGGGCUUCUACCCACGGGACAUCUCAUUGAGCUGGUGGCUGGGUGAGGAGGAGCUGGUGCUAGAAACUGAGUAUGUGGAGACACGCCCCAGUGGAGAUGGCACCUACCAGACGUGGGCAGCUGUGCAGGUGCCAGCCAGGAUGGAGGACCGGUACACUUGCCAUGUGCAACACUCUGGCCUGAACCACACAUUCACUGUGACCUGGGAAGCACCCCCUCAUCAGUGGAUAACCAGUGCUGUGGUUAUCCCCAUGUUGAUCUUUCUCUUGCUGACGGCUGGAGUGCUGAUCUUCAUCAAGCAGUACUCUCAAGCCAGGAAUCAGGAAUCUUGCAAACGAGCCCCAGGUGGAGAGGACCCUCCAGUGAGCCCAGUGAGAAUGGAGGCUGCUCAGCUACUCUGUUGACACAUGUUUACCGUCAGGUCAAGGAGGUGUUUUGUGGGGUGUGUGGGGGCCUCUAGGGCACUAGCUGGCUGGCCGCAGUGACCCCACUGUGAAGGGCCCACCCCACCCCAAAAUGGAGCCCUCCAUGGCUCCGUCAGCCUCACUCCAAGCAGUUUGUGCCACUAAGAUCACUUUCUUCAUCUUCCUGAAGUCCUUUUCCAAGUCUGUCUCCUGUCUGAGGAGGGCAGGAGUAAUUCCUUGGAUGGGCUCUCACUGGACGGUUAGCAAGCAGAAUGCUUUCCUUUAUUUUUUUGUAUUGUUUUGUUUUUAAAGAUUUUAUUUAUUUGACAGACAGACAUCACAAGUAGGCAGAGAGGAAGGCAGGGAGACGGGGAAGCAGGCUCCCCACGGAGCAGAGAGCCUGAUGCGGGGCUUGAUCUCAGGACCCCGAGAUCACGACCCGAGCCCAAGGCAGAGGCUCAACCCACUGAGCCACCCAGGUGCCCUAGAAUGCUUUCCUGUUAAGUGUAAAUCCCGCUUGAGUCUCUCUGGCUCUCUCUGAGUUGGGCAAUGUGAUUCUCACCGCCACUCCCCAGCAUGAAAACUGAGGCUCUGGGCGGUUAGGGAAGAAGCAGAACACUGGUCCAGGAGUUAAGGGAGCAGCAUCUUGACCCCACCUGCGGGCAUCUGGAUGCAAUGGCCAAAUGCCUGCCUCUCUGUGAAGUGUGUUCUUGUGUGAAUGUGUAUUUUCUUUUGUAAAGGUGAUUAAAGUGUUAGGGUCUGUAAGGAUGUGUGGUUCUGGGAGUGUGAGGGGGAGGGGGUCCAUGAUGUACGUGCAGGUGUGUAGGGGUGAGGGUGUGUUGCGGGGGGUCUUUGUGUAGCUGAGGACAAGUGCAGAGGGACAGACAGCCCAGGGGCCUGUUAGCCGAGGGCAGCUGGAGGAUCAGAAACAAUAUGGUUAGUAUUUUCCAUCCUGUCCUUUUGAAUGGUUUGAAGUUUUACAAUAAGGGACAGAGGAGCUCCACCUUGUCCCAUGGAAAUGCUUGUUGAGAUUCUUGCUAAGGGUGUGGCUGGGGAAGGUCCAGCUUCACCUCUAAUGUUCGGUGGAGCAGAAACCCCAUGUCUUCUUUGUGAACAAGAAUCUCCUGGGGAGCACACAUUCUUGUUUAUUCUAUUCGGGAAGCAGUUCUGGUCUGGGCCACCUGAUGUGCAUGGGGAGGGGAUUCUAGAGCCACAGCACUGGGACCACUGCACUGUCAUAAAGGACACAAGGUUGGGCCCCCUCCACCUCUCUGGAGGACCCCAAGGUAUGACAGAAACUCCUCUGGGACUUCUGAAACCUUCAUGUCUGCUGCCCUGGGAGGCCCCAGGCCCAAGGAUAUUGAAGAUCUGUGAUACUCAGAAAAGAUCCAUCUGCCCUGGUGGCCUGAAGGGCCUCAGCAGGGAACUCUGAACCACCCGAAUGUACAGAAAUUGUUGUCUUACAUGUCUGUCUGUCUGCCUGCCUGUCUCCGUGAUGCCAUCCAUGUGUACAAAGCAGGGUUCUGAGCACUUCACAAGUGCUAACCUGUGCAAUCCUCAUGGCACGCCUGUGAGGGAGAAUUAAUAAAUCCAUGCUACAGGAGAGGAAAGGGAAGCUCAGGGUCCUAUGGCUGGUUCGUGCCAGAGCCAGGAGGGAAGCCUAGGAACUCUGGCAAGUCUGGGCACCUCACCAUGGCACCACCACAGUGCCAUUCUGGAAAUGGGCAUGUUUAAGUCCAGCUCUGCAAUCCCUUAUCUGCAGUUCUGAAAUCCAAAACCCAAAGAAGUUUCUUCCUCGGCAUCCAGACCCAACAUGCAGUGAAAUGAGGCAAUCUGUGGGCCAGUGUGGCCUUUUCAUAGUUUUCUACGGAUGUACUGAUGUCUGAUUACUGCGUGUCACGCCAGACAACCUCUGGAGAUGUUAUGUGAGGCUCAGCAUCUGUGCCUUGGCACUUUCUAAAACCCAAGGAAUUCUGAAUUCUUAAAUAUAUCUGGCCCGAGGGGUUUCAGAUAAGGGCUUGUGGAUCUGUAUUAAUAAGGUUUUGUGAUAAUAAAGGUUUUAUUUUUA